AUGGCCCACAGACCCUCAGCUGGUACAGUUGAUAUGCGUAAGCGAGCGCUGCUUCAAAGUGCAGCAACAAACGAAGAUAGGUUAGAAAAUGGACAGAGCGGAACACACGAUACCUCGUUAAAUAUUUCGACAAUGCCUCAGUCGACUCUAGUGGCUGCAGCAAAUAAGCUUUUGCAAGAUACAAAAUCGCAAAUAGAGCAAUCAGGAAACCUUAAAACAUCCAUUAAAGAAAAGGUUUUAUAUGGAAUAACUGGUAUGUAUGAGAUUAUAUUGCGCAUGAGUGAAUCCCGGCAGACACUGCAACUACAACUGGAAAAAUCUAAAUUAAGUGUAAAGGAGGAACUAUUAAGAAAGGAAAAAGAAUACGCUGAGAAGUUAGAGGGUCUGUUGGAAACGUCUAAUGGGGCAAACGCAAAGGGAACAGUAAGGGACAUUCUAAAGGAAUUAGCAUCUGUUAGGCAAAUUUUGACACAAGACGCUGCUGGAAAAAAAUAA